AUGCACACCAGCCAGGAUCACGCUAACCCACCUCAUGCCAAAUCAUCUUCCAUAUCUUCCAUAUCUUCGGUAUCGUCAAUUGAAACAAAUAACUCCACAAAGGAUCUAAUAAAAAACAUGUCACCUACAGCCAUGAGUAAUGCAAAUACACCACAACAACAGCCACCACAAACCACCAAUAAGCUUCCUCAGUCGGUAGCGUCAAAAACCAACUUUUACAAUGACCUUGAUGCUAAAAGUAGAGACGCCACCAACGUGAAGAAGAACAAACCAAUCAAAUUCACCGUUCGAAAAGUGUCGCACGAACCAAUCAACAGUGGCAACCCCAACUACUCUUUCAAACCAAGUCAAAAUAAAAAUUCACCACAAGGCAGCGCCGUGGGCACUUCCGAUCAUCAGGAUCUGCUGAAGUUGAAGUCGAAACUAAAGAGUGCCCAGUCGAAAUACUGCGACUACGAAGUAAGAGUCAUCAAGAUCCAAAAGGAAAUUGAAUUUCUAACCCAGUUGCUACCCCCAUACAACGUUGAAAUCGACUAUAGCACCAGGGUCAAAAUCAACAAGGCCAUCGAGAAACUCAAAAAUAAGCAAGACGAAGUGGAAAAGAAAAAGUAUACUUUGGGUAUGACCAUAAGCAGACUAACAAGAGGAUACGAAGGUGGUGAAAUUUGGGUGAGAAAAUUUGACAGCUAG